AAGUAACAGCAAGCUAAAACCAAACUGAUAGUUUCCUCCAGAGAGCAUGCAUCUUUUCCUUUGUCUCCCUCUGCUGGCCCUGUUCCUGCAGCCUGCCCUGUGUGUGUACAACUGCUCCAAGAUGUAUGACAGGACACCAGAGAACUCCGACUUGACCAUUAAAUGCGACACCACCAUGAUAACCGUGGAGGUCAACCUGUGCACGGCGCUGUGGGCAGGCUUCAACUCCUCCAACCUGGCUCUCAAUGGGAACCACAACAACAGCGCCUGCCUGGGCUCCAUCGAUGACAGCGUGGAGCCUCCUAUCAUCCGCUACUUCCUGCCUGUAAACAACAGCGUGGACAACUCCUGCCGCCAGUCUCUGCAUAUCGUGGAUGAAACUCCAGACCCCUCUGGUCCCUUCAGUAGUUUCUCAAAUAUUCAGGCAGUUAUCAUCUCAUCGUACAUCGAUACCCCAAAAACGGAGGCAGGGAUCAUCAGCUACUCCACAGACCUGUAUUAUUACUUCUCCUGCAGAUACCCUCUGGAGUAUCUCAUCAACAACACACAGAUUGUAGCCUCCUCAGUCUCUGUGGCAACCACCAAUAAUAAUGGAAGCUUCAUUGAUACUCUAAAAAUGGGUGUCUUUAAUGACACAGACUACAGGUAUCCAUUGACGGUUCCGUCAACAGGACUUGAGCUGCGAACCAAAGUCUAUGUGGAGGUGAAGGCUGUUAACCUCACAGGAAAUUUCCAUGUCCUCCUCGAUCACUGCUUUGCGACUCCCAGUCCUUACAACAUGACUCAGACGGAUCAGUACAACUUCUUCACUGGCUGCCAGGUGUCAACAAGGACAUUAAUAACAAGCAACGGCGUUUCCAACAUGGCACGGUUCAACUUUGAGGCCUUCCGCUUUGUUCAGCACAGAGACCAGGAGAAGUCCACCAUCUACCUGCACUGCAUCAUGAGGCUGUGUGAGCCCACCAAAUGUCAAGAGCUGCUGAAUGCUUGUAAUGCUAGAAGAAAAAGAUCUCUGACUCCUUUCGGAGAAGAAAGCAGCAACUCUGCCACCGUCUCAGUUGGACCUCUCUACACCGCCGCAGCAGAUGUGCCUGAGGUUGCUGGCUCUACAGGUAAUACUGUAGCAUCAGGAAGUGCUGGUGUGGAUGCAGGCAGCCUGGUGGUGUGGGUCAUGUUAGGGUCGGUUGUUGCUGCCCUGCUUCCUGACACGGCGACUGGUUCAUCUUGAAAAAGUCGUCCUUUGGCUGGAGGACCAACGUGGAAACAUCAAAUUUGACCAACUGCUCAAACAGCCUCUUCAAAUUAUUACUACUCUAUAUCUUUUAAUCAGAUUGUAUCUUCAGGUUCAUGUUAAAAUGUUUUUUUGUUUUUUUGUUUGUUUUU